AUGCCCAGGCUAUUGGCUACGCAGUCGCAUGUUGUGCACGGGUAUGUGGGAAAUAAAGCAGCCACAUUUCCUCUGCAAUGCCUAGGAUGGGACGUUGACUGCUGUAAUUCUGUGCAAUUCUCUAACCAUACUGGAUAUGGUAUGGACAGGGUUUUUGGUAAUAUUACCGAAGAAAGAGAUCUCGACCAACUCUUGACCGGAGUCCUUGGGAACUUCCCGCAUGAUUACGAAGCCUUACUAUCCGGUUACCUGCCCAAGAAAGAGUCUGUUAGUUGUAUGGGUCGUCAUUAUGUGGCUUAUAAGAAGAACAACCCGGGAUCUGUGUGGUUAAUGGACCCUGUGAUGGGUGAUGAAGGUCAGUUAUACGUCGAUAAAGAUGUGAUAUUUGAGUACAAGAAAUUAGCUCUAUCGCAAGACUCAGAAGUGGACAUCAUUACGCCGAAUCAUUUUGAGUUAGAAAUAAUGUAUGGUGAAAAGAUUGAUACUACUGAGCAACUUAGAACGGCAUUUCAAAAAUUGCACAAGACUGUACCCGUGGUCAUCGUCACUUCGUGUGAUCCAAAGAUGUUCGGUGACUCAGAGUAUGUGUACUGUGUGGCUUCCAUGAGAGGUCAAAGCCCCAUGGUGCUCCGCGUACCGUUGAUCAAAUCGUAUUUUACCGGUGUCGGUGACCUAUUUUCAGCCUUGUUGUUGGACAGAAUUUACAAACUGUUAUCUUCAUCAAAUACCAGCUUGAAAUUGGAGGAUCAAGUAAACGAUGUGCUUAAUGUUAUACAAAAUGUUCUUAAGAUGACCUUGAAUUAUGCACCAAAUAACCAUACGGCUAAGAUAGGGAAUCCGAUGGAUAUGAAGGAUGCGGAAUUGAGAAUUAUUGAAUCAAGAGAUUUUUACAACAGUAACACUACACCAGUGGUAAAGCGGGACUUUAUUUAUCGAAAAUUGUAA